AUGGAAUGUAUACUGUUUAAGGUCGAUUUUGAGAAGGCUUACGACAAAGUAAGCUGGAAUUUUCUUAGAUUUAUGAUGAACAAGAUGAGAUUCGGAGCGAGAUGGAUGUGGUGGAUGGAGGAAACUAUAUUCACAAGUCAUAUGUCUAUUCUCGUGAACGGGAGCCCUUCAAAAGAAUUUGCAGUUGAAAUAGGUCUUCGCCAAGGAGAUCCAAUCUCUCCUUUUCUGUUUGUUAUUGUUACCGAAGCUCUAGCAGUAUUGGUUAGGAAAGUUUCCGAAAUUGGCGAUUUUUCUGUUUUUCAGGUUAAGGAAGCUUGCUCGGUUGACUUACUUCAGUUUGCCGACGAUACCCUUUUAAUAGGUAAUGGAGGAUGGCAACACGUUUGGUUCAAAACGGUAUCGUUUCUAAAUAACAAUAUUUCUAAAUCUAUUUGGUGGAAAGACCUUAUUAAUUUAGAGAAGAGGUAUUUUGGCGAGGAUUUUCUGAAUAGGUGCAGUUUUGUAGUAUGUAACGGCGCUAGCACAUCUUUUUGGAACGCGGUGUGGAUCAAAUAUAAGAAUCUGAAAUCAAUGUUUCCCGCUCUUUAUGCUUUGAGUAAUUCAAAAGGUUGUAGCGUAGUAGAAGCUGGGAGUAGAUACGACAACUGUUGGACUUGGGGGGAAUUUGGAAUUCCAAUUUCACAUGAUCCCGGCGUCAACUCAGCUAAGGUAAACUUAAGGAUGGUUCUGCUGGAUACUGUAUUGGAGUGUAAUGUGCAAGAUUAUGUUAUUUGGAACAACAACGAAAUGGAGGUUUUUGCAGCUAACAUCGGAUAUAAGUUGAUCCAUGUUCCGCCUGCGCAGAACAAAAUGGUCUUAGAAGCGGUUCACAAACAUCAUUUUGAACAUCUAUGGAAGACGUCAAUUCCGUUCAGAAUCAAAGCUUUUGGCUGGAGGUAUCUUUGGAACAGGUUACCGACAAUAGAUUCGCUUCUCGUCAGAGGUAUCGUGUCUUUACCGUCGAAGAUGUCUUGUUGCUUCUGUAAUGUGAUAGAAGAAUCUUUAAACCAUAUUCUGAUUCUUUGUUCAAUUGCGAAACGUGUUUGGGAGGAAAUUGAAUUUUGGUUUGGCAUUGAAGUUGAGCAUGGGUUAACUUUAGGACAUAACUUUGAUUUUUGGAUUGUUUACUUCAGAAAUAAAAAUGUUGAGCUGGUAAGGAAGUUUUUAUCUGGCUGGUUGUUUGUUGGAGCAUUUGGACUACUCAAAAUGCGGUGA